AUGAGAACAGAACAAAACUCCAACUCGGCUGCGGUAGCAAACUCAAUCUUCUCGGCCCUCAGCGAAACCCCAUUUGCUUGCACUUCCCUGACCCCCCUCUCAGGCGGCAUCACAAACCAUGUUUUCCGUGGCCAGCUUCGCAAUCCCCUUCCAGACGGUACGACAGAGGUAGCCGUCAAGCAUGGCGCAAGUAGCCCUCCUGGCUAUCCUGGGCUAGAGUUGCCUAUUGAGAGAUCGAUCCUCACCCCCAAGCUCCACCACUUCUCUCCUACAAACCGCAUCCAAGUCCAGUCUUACCUACCUACAGCGAUCUCCCUAAAGCACUUCGCCUUUAAACACUUCCUCCCUGCUCCUAACUUCUCACCCUUCUCUGCACACCUUGACGAUGCUCUCCUCGCACGGAAAAACCUCGCCCACGAGCUAGGCCGUGCCCUAGGCUCUUGGCUAAGAGCUUUUCAUGCCUGGGCCAACCGCCCCGAGGAAGAGGAAGCUGUUAAGUUGAAGGAGAUGGUGGGACGGUUGUCUGGGAAGAUGGCGAGGUUGGUGUUGGAGACGACGUAUGGAUCGCUGGGGCAGGUGGUAGGGGAGUUUCGGGAUAUUUUUGAGGGGGAUGAAGUGCAAGAGGUGUUGAAUGAGGUGAGAGCUUUUGCGGAGAGGGAGAUGGAACAAGCAGAGAAGGUCGUGCAUGGGGAUUUCUGGACGGGGAAUAUUCUCCUUCCCGACCAACCCAUCGCAUCAAACCUCUCAACACCAGUCUUCCUCGUAGACUGGGAAUCUGUCCGCCUGGGGAACCCUGCCACCGACUUAGGCCAAAUGCUCGCCGAGAUGUACGAGCUAACUCUCUUCGAGGACAUCCCUGAAGGCAGAUGGCUUGCUGAGGGCCUAGUGUCUGGCUACGGGUUUUCCCAAGUCGAUGAGGGGUUCAUCUAUCGCGCGGCACUGCACUGUGGCGUUCAUUUUGUCGUUUGGGGCAGUCGAGCUGCUGCGGGGUGGGAGAGUACUAAGGAAAAGGUGAGUAGGGUCGUGAGGGAGGGAAAGAAUUUGAUUUGGGCUGCGUGGAGGAGGGAGAGGGAGAGGGUUGAAAGUGGAGAGUGGGGGUUUUUGUUUGACGGAAGGAUUGACAAGUGA